CAUCUGUAAGCAUUCACGUAAUUAGUUUGUAGAAAUUCUAGAAACGUAAAGUUUUACGUAAUGCAAAAAUAGUGUGCAAAUUAAUUUUCUUAUAUUACAUAUAUAACAUUUUCUGGACACCGAUGCAAUUUAGAGCUUAAAACUUAGGCAAUUGUGUCUCAACACCGAGUGAUUUGAACAAUGGCAAUUGUAUCGGUGAUAUGACAUAGGCUUAUACAAAAGAUGCUGGCUGGCUAACCUUUCGGAUAUAGUAUCUGAGUAUGACCUAUCCUAUCAUCAAACAAUUAAAUCUUGGAUUUAUACUUCCAACUAUUUGGAUAUUUCUUAAACCAGAGUGCCGUGAAGGAAAUAUAUUCUAGGCUAACAAACCAUUUAAAAAAACAUAAAAAAUAACUACAUGAUGGCCAUGUUAAAUAGUGGAUUUAUUCCGAUGCUGAUCUUGGCGCUGUUGGUGGUCACAGUGGCGGGACGGGCACUUAAAUCAAAUGUCUCUGGUGAGGAACUAAUGCAAAAUGACGGUGUAGACAGAAGUUUGAGGGAAUACAGUGGACCAUCUGUUCACCACUUCGCCAGACACAGUCUGUGUAAUCACCGAUUCGGCAAGGUCAGAUUCUACAGGGCGCUCCAGAAGCAUUUCCAUAACAUAUCAGAUGAUAUGAAAAUUACAUUUGUCCUUGAUAUUUGUAAGAGACGAGAUCAUAUGCUGACAAAGUGGGUUCAGGAAAUAUUUGACAAAGACGGUGACGGAUACAUCACCCAUUUUGAAAGAGAGAUCUUCCGAUGAACUCAUUACGGCAGCGUUUGUCACAUCAAAUGGAAAACAGUUAUGUAAUACAUCCAUGAAACAUGUAACAAUAUUGUAGCCUCGCUACUGAGGAAAUAUCUGUCUCCGUCAGAAAAGGGCGAGCUCGGAUGCUUAGAUUGAAGCUUUACAAUACGCACAAGGAGUGGCUUAGAGUUAAAUUGCCUGUGUAUAUACUAUUCAAAGGCGCCGGGAGCAUGCUAUAUUAAUGAGAUUUUUUUUCUAGUUUCCAAAACAAUAAGGCAACGAACGUAUGUUAAGACAAAAACAGAUAUCAACGAAAAUUCUACAGUUGUUUUGAUAUUACAACAUCUCUUAAUAUUGUCGAUGUAAUGUGUUCGUUACGUUACGUUGGCUUACGUUAACGUUUAUCCAUAUGAUCACCAGUAAAGUGUGUGGUGACCUCAUUUUCGGGGGAUUUGUGCAUUCAUUAGUUGGUCAUGUUUUUCUUUCCUCAUAUUGAACAAACUUCCCUUGUAUGUUUUAUACGGACUUACAUUUGUGGCUACUGCGUAGUCUAGUCUUAAUUAUUUAUUUAUGUAUUUGCGUGUUUUUACCAGAUUUUACCUCCAUUUAAUUAUAUAUAUUCUGAAGCGCGACCCAAAUUAAAACAAAAUUGACCAAGAAAUUAAACUUACAUUUGGGCUUUGACAAAAGUAUUUAAAUCGGUUCACUACAUACUGUAGCGCAAAUGUAGAUAGGGAAACGCAAUGAAUUACCUUACAAUCAACGUUAAUACUUCAAUGUCCUGUUCAAUAUCAAUAUGCACUCUACAUUGGCAGUCAUACCCACUUGCUUUAGUCUUUGUCUUUUGAACAUACAAAACACUUCAAUAUCUUGCUAUCAGGAUGUCUUAAAAUAAUAUGAUAAGCGACGCAAUACUAAGCUAGUUAUCAGACAUUUCUAUUAACCAUAAUCUUUAAUUAUGAUAUAUGCUUAGGAACAAUUUUUUUGCACACUUUUUCUUGGUUAAAUAUUAGUGACACUCAAACAUUAUAUUCCAAUAUGUUUGUUUUAGAAAUAAUAAUAUUGGAUGAUUUGGCUACAUUAUGUUAACGAAGAGCAAAAAUCCACUACAACCACCACCAUUACCACCACAACAACCACUACUAAUUUUUUUCUGUAGUAAUUAAAAUCAUAAUAUAAUGCAGAUAAAUGAUAAAAGAUCAUCAACGUUAGGAAAUGUAAAUAUUAAGGUAACACAAAUCCAAUUCGUUUUAUAAAAUAGAUUAUAUGACAAACAUAAACCAUUUAUAAGUGUUUUGUAACCGUUGAAGUGCAAAUUGCUGUUAUUAUUGCUGUCGAAUGGACCAUUGCUGUGGCCUGACUUGCGGAAAAUAGCUAAAAAAACAACAACAAUUAUAUGCAGCAUUCUACGAAUACGUCUUCUGACACCAGUAAAGAUCGCACGAAGGCUGAAACAUUCCAGUAAGUAAUUAUAAGUAAAUCAUUUAAGGAAUUAUAAACAGCACUGUUCAGCGGAGGUUGUUAACUCUCGUAGUCGGUACUAUACUGCAAGUCACGUGCAUAUAACUAACAGUUUAACUAAAUAACGCUCAUGUUGAAUGAAGAUGAUAUAAUCAUUGCCGGAAAUAAAUAUUUUGAGAAUCUGAAUUAGUUCUGUGAACCAGAUUCAUGGUUAAAAAGUUGCAGCUGAGUUUGUGAAAUGCACGUAUAGCUCUAAUAAUGUUAUUACCGUUUUUUGCCUCGGCGGCAUUUAUUACCUUUCUACGACAUUUAUAUGUUGCUAUAUCGUAGUCUAUAUGACCACUUUAUAACUCUUAACAGAAACAGGAUACUAGUUUGAAUAAUGAAAUGGUUUAUUUUGGUAAUUAACAUAUACCCACCUUUUGAUCACCGCAAGUCCUGAGCAGAGGUAAUUUAAUGUAGUAUAUCAAAUGUCCUCAUACAUUAUAAUAAGAUGGACAAGGGUAUAAUUACUCUGUCUGCGCUGCAAUAAAACCACAGAACAGCUAUUUACUGUCACUGUAUAUAUAAUCUUCAUCUACCGUCAAAUAGGUUUUGAUACUUUACAGACGUUGGUGUAAUAAAGGCACUUAAACAUAAUGUGACAUGGGACAAUGAAAUGCCUAUUUGACAUGUCAUACUGUAUGCAAUUCAAAAAUGGCAUAAAUGAGGAAAUUGUUUCAUCAUAAUGAGCCAUAAUUUAGAGUAUAGUUUAAGUUAAGUGACACUCUAAUUCAAAAUCAAUAUGUACACAUGUAUAACAUACAUAAUUUUUAAAUGAUAAACCUUCAACUACUCACUAAAUAAUGUAUUUAUUAACAAUAAUAAUUACUGACAAUUAGACUGUAACAGUGUAUUAAAUAGCUGAAAACGCAAACACAGUAAAGGAUUGGUGAGUGCUAAAAUAUUUACUGUGAUCUACUUUCAUCUCAUAAGGUAGAAAUACCGUGUUUUUUCUGCACUUUUCUUUCCAACUAAACUCGGUAUUCUUCAUAAGAACCAUUGUUUUCGGCAAUAAUUCAUCCUUUUUUGUACAUGAAAUUAAUUGUUGUUAAUCUCAUUUGGGAGUAAUAGUGCUCUUUAAAAAAUGUGAAUGUUAACCCCAAAGGUAAGAUAAUUGAUGAUGUGACAAUAUAUUCAAAUUUACCAUGUACGGCUUAAAUACUUGUCUCAAUUUGUUUAGGACCACUGUAUAUCACCGGAGUAUCAAUUUAACUUCAAGAGCAGAACGUAUUUAUGAUAACACAGAUAACGUAAACCAGGUGUGGAAAGACGUUAUAAAUUUUGUAAGAUCUUGAGUCUCACUCAUUUGAUUUCUUUGCACUUUAUUGAACGAAAAAGUAACUAUAAAUCAAAAUAGGUAUAUUGCCUCCAUUUUCGUUUGACCAAAAAUCUGUAUCAUAAGAACCUAGUGCCACUUGAUUUUAUUUUUUGGUAUUAAUUUAGUAAGUUGCGUCUAGUGAGCCUUGGUUAUCAAAUUUGUUGGGUAUAAUUCUCAAAAGAAUCGCUCACAAAAGAACGAACGUAGCUCAAAUAUGUCGCAAGUAAGUCCGCAUUGCACUUCAUGGUGUAUCUAUACCGCAAGGACCCUUUAAAUGCAAUUUAAUUUAAUGGUUAUUCCCACACGAUGCAUAGAUGCACUUCAUAUUGUUAAUAAAAUGACAAUCUAGUACAAUCAAGAUUUUUAUGACAGAAUAAAAGUAAUAGUGCGGAAUAACUUUUGAUUACUUAUGUCGUAAUAUAUGGCAGAAGCGAAUGACAAAGUCGUAAAAGAAGAAUUUUCAACUUCGUAUAGGGAGCAUAACAUGCGUUAGACCCCGGAACAAACAAUGAUCGUAGAACGAAAACAUUUUACGAACUUUCAUACAACACAGCUGGAAUUUGUAAUUUAAAUGCCAGUUGCAGUCACACGAUAAUGUCUGAUUUAUCAAUGAAGUAUCACACUACACGAGCCCAUGAGAGAACGUAUUUGCAAACUACGUGGUAGUUGUAAUAGAUAACAAAUGUACUUUAAUAUGACAUAAAAUGCGGAUAAUUGUUUUUGAUAUUUAAUAGUAAACAUAAGCGGAUGCUUUUGUUUUGAACAAAUGCAUUAAAGUAUUUAUCUGUGGGCGAUAUGUAUUUCUUUUGUACGCACACUCGGCUUUAAAUUUGAUAUUACCGGUUCGCUUCUCAAGAAACACAUGUCGAUGUUUUAGUCUGCUAAGGUGGACCAGCACGUCUCAAUCCGCUAGGAUAAAUAUAUACCAUGACUUAAGACGUUAGGAUGUACGCACCAUGCCUCAUAACGAAAUUUCUUAUUCGUAUGGUUUGUACGCACGAUGUCUUUAUAAGCUAGAAUGUACGCACCAUGUCGUAACCCGCUUGGUGAUAUGCACCAAAUCUAGAUCCUUUAAGUCUUCUUUAUAUGAUAGAGGUGUACGCACAAUGGCCUACUCAGAUAAGGAGCGCCAUGACUUACUCUGCUUGUUUAUAUGUACCUUUACUUAAUUCCUCUAGGGUGUACGCACCAUUUCCUCGUCCGAUACGGUGCCGCACCAUUAAAGGAGCAUAUUUCGUUCUUACUUAAAAACAUAACAAUUUGAAAGUCAAUAUUGAAAAUUAUAUAAAUAAACUUCAAAACAUAUAGUUCAUAACGUGAAUAUAUGCCAUUUAAAAAUACGUGUUUAAUAUUUGUUUGAUCAUUAAAUAAUGCAGAACUGAAAAUCUAGUUAUUGAUGACAAAUCGUCCCAACACAUGAAUAUCCGGAGUGUCUUAUAUAUGGACAGUCUGAAUCAUUCCUUCCCAUAGACCACCUAAUGAGUAUUAAACUAAUGUAAGACAUCAGUCUUAUAAAUUAAGCGGCAGUAAAAGUUGUUCGGGGCUUUUUUCUUCAUGAAGAAGCCCUAGUACCGCAUCAAUAAGGCAUUUAAGUCGUAACUUCAGUGGUUAAAUCUACAUUGACGUCACAAGAGGCAUUAAUUUGAUUAUUAUCCAAAUUCGUGUUCAUUUUCAAUGUUGGCUUAUGCUAAAUUCAAUGACACUUUUUCGCUUAAA